AUUAUUAUAUAUCGUUGCUUUGAAUUUAAUAAUUUUAUUACUUUUUGAGAACAGCAAUGGGACAGUGAGCUUGUGGAAGCCAAAUAUAUUAAGGAUCUUGAAGAUAACUUGAGCAUCAUUCGUCUUAGGUUUGGCGACAACUCAAAGCCUCUGUUUAGAAAAAGAGAAUUCAUAGUGUACGAGCGACGUGAAAGCAUGGAAGACGGCACUUUGGUUGUAGCAGUGGGCUCACUGCCCAAGGAAAUUGCAGCUGGGUUGCUUCCACAGCAGAAUAAUGCAAUUAGAGGCUUAUUGCUGCAAUCAGGAUGGGUUGUAGAAAAACUUGAAGAUAUAAACUCGUGUAUUGUUACUUAUGUUGUUCAGUUAGAUCCUUCAGGAUGGCUUCCCAAGUGGUUUGUGAACCGGCUUAACACCAAGCUAGUUAUGAUCAUCGAAAACCUUAGGAAAGUGGCCCAAACCACUGCACCGCAUUCACCCUAGAAGUGG